AUGCAAAGAGUACAAAAGAAUAGUACAAAUGUGUGGUCCACAGGAGCACAGAAAAGAUUUGCUGCAUUGUGUAGUUGCAAAAUAUGUUCACAAAGCCAACAUAUAUACUGUUGUAUAUCUCUAGGAAUCACAUUAGACAAUUGUUUACAGACACCAAGUAGCAAGAAACUAUAUAUCAUGAACUUUAUAUUUCUUAUCGUUAUAAUCUAUUCCUUGGGAAUGGCUUCCACCAAGGAUAUAUCCUCUGGUAGGGUAGCAUACAAAGGCUACAAGCUGUUGUCGUUAAGAGACGAACCACACCAGAUAGACGGCAGAAAAAGUGGUUCAGCCUACAAAGAACUCCUGAAUGUAUAUCCCCACAGAGAAAGAGCCAAAAAUUUUGUGUUCCAUGCCCAAUCACAAAUUAAAGCUAGAGACGUCGAGGAUGAUGAACCGGUAACUGAAUAUCCGUCAGGAACUUGGGAUGAGUCGGCCCUGGAAGCAAGUCCGAUUGUAUCUCCAAGAUAUUCGGAUACCAGGAAACCCAAAGUCGUAUUGUAUUCGAAGAAAUCAUGGAUCAAAGAUUACUUGGCCCUCUCAGCUGAGGAGGUUGAAGCAACUCAAUCUGAGAGCGACCGAAAUGAAAUUGAAAUAGACGUUGAUCUGCUUAUCGAAUACUUAAUAACUCAAGGCUUCUCGGAAGAAGAUUUACAAUUUUUGAAAACUAACUUAGAUUAUGGAUUUGAUGAAAUCGAGAGAGAGUUAAGAAAAAUUAAAGACAACAAUACUAAAAAAAAUAAGCACAUAUCGAUUGGAGGAGAGCACGGAGACGACGAUAAAGAACAAAACGAUAAAGACAAUAAGGAUGACAACUCACCAAAAAGCAAUUCAAAUUCAUUAAAGGCAUCACUUAAGGUUCUUUGUUUAACAUUUAUUUUAGUAACAUAUAUAAUUUAA